AUGAAUUUUUUAUCACCGACUUUGGUUUUUAUUUUCGCUCUUAAUUGCUGGUCCUUAAAAUUUUCCAUUUCUGAGUACCCAUGGAUUAAAGCCUGUCGUGUUUGGGAGAGAGACUGCGGAAAGCCUAAUCCAAAACAUAUACAGCUAACAUACAUCAAGUUUCUGUACGGGGGUUGUACCCACAUAAUCGGGAAUUUGGUUAUAUGUGGUCUAGAGAAACUUGAAAAUGGAUCCGAUCCUGAUCUUUCUUUUCUUGAAAAGAUUGAAGAUGUGUCUGGUUAUGUGUACAUUGGUCAAAACAGCGUUAAAACGAUAUCAUUACCUUCUUUGAAAGUUAUUCGUGGCGAACCAGGAUAUCGUAUCAUGAAUACUAGUGCUGCACUUGUCAUUAAUCGAAACAGUCUUGAAAUCCUAGAUUUGCGGAGUUUGACGGCCAUUCAACGCAACGAUAUUGUGGCGCUAAAUAAUCAGUUUUUGUGCAACUUUGGUUUCACGGUUGAUUGGGUACAGAUUUUUGAAGACAACAGUAAGCAGAUGUUUAUACCUGAUAGAAAAGAAAAGACAGUUUCUCACGCCGGUUGUGAUAUUGAUCGCACCAAACAUUCCUGUCAUGGUUCCUGUCCUGUGGUAAAUGGACGAGGCUAUUGCUGGGGUCCAAAGCCUGAGAUGUGUCAAAAAAUGCUGAAAUGCGCUAACAAUCUUGAUAACUAUUGUCUUGGUGGUAGAGCGACUACACAACCGUGUCUGGAAGAAUGCUUGGGUGGAUGCGAAACUCGUCCUGGCAAUUGUAGAGCAUGCAAACAUGCGAUGAAUGAUGGCAAAUGUGUAUCACAAUGUCCUCCACCAUUGAUAGUUAGUCGAGAAGAGAGUAGAACUAUUGCGAAUCCAGAAUUCAAAUAUAACUUUCAUGACAUUUGUGUUAAAAAAUGUCCAGCACCAUUUCUGAAAUCAGACAGUUACUGCGUCAUUGAAUGUGACCUGAAUACCCAAAUUCCUGUUAAUGGAACGUGCAAGGACUGUCCAAAAUCUGGAUGUCCUGAACAUUGUAAAGAAGAAACAAUCUUUCUAAAUGGAAGUUUGAAUAUCUUACAAUCAAGUUCACUACGGAAAUUUAAAUCUUGUGUUUAUUAUACUGGUGGUUUGUAUAUAAGUAAAGAAUCUUUUCAAAAAAGUUCACUGUUUCCAGAUCCAAUAGAAAACGUCAAUGAACUCUACAAUUUGUUGAACCUGAAAUCAAUUGUUGGGUACAUCUAUUUUGAUUUACGUGGAGCUCCAGAAGAAUUAAAAAAUUUAACAUUUCUGGAAAAUCUAGAAUCAGUUGUUUUGGAAGUGAAAAGUCAAUCGCCAGGAGCAGUGAUUACAAUUAUGAACGGAGAACAUAUCGAGUCAUUUGGUUUCAAAUCACUUACUAAUAUUGGGGGUUAUGUAUAUUUGAAGAAUAUGCCAAAAUUAUGUUAUAUUAGUGCGUUAACAAAAAUGUUACCUGUACGUAUGAUAGAUGUACAAGAUGAAGAACUUUGUGCUAAACGUGGUCACGUUUGCCACAGUGAAUGUUUACCAGAACUUGGUUGUUGGGGUGCUGAGGCUAAUAUGUGUGCUCAUUGUUGUGGUUUAAAGGCUGGUGAGUAUUGCGUGUCUCGCUGUACAGAUCAUCCUGGCUUUUAUGAACUUCCAACAUCUUUCAAUCAUUCAAUUCUGGGAAAGACCAAUAAUAAUCCUGUUUGUCGAACUUUACCCUUAACUAAAAGUGACUUGGCAAAAAUGGAUGAACAAGCAAUCAUUGCAUCCGUAGUCCCUUCAGAAACAUGUGCCAUCUGUCAUCCAGAAUGUGCUCAGACAUGUUAUGGUCCUAAUGCAAAUCAGUGUGUUGGAGAAUGUAAGCACUACCAGCAUGGUGAUACCUGCUUACCUGAAUGUCCACAAAAUACAUACGUAGAUCCACAAACCCAUUAUUGUUUACCUUGUAAUGAGUCGUGCAGUCACAUACUGACCACUGGGAAAAAUCACUUAUGUAGUGGCCCAGGGAACUUUCUUGGCUUGGGUGGUUGUGAAACAUGUUGGACAGUUAUACAAGAUAAGACAACAAACAAAUACCAAUGUCUACCCGAUGAUUGUCCUCCCAAACACUACACAGAAUCUUAUCAAACACAAGAUUUUAUAAACAAAGAAAAUAUCAUUGUAUCUUCUCAUAAUCAAGUUAAAAAAGGUGAACUUGGGGGUAUGAUCCGUGUGUGUAAACCGUGUCAUCCAUUUUGUGAUUUAUGUACAGCAAACGGAACACAUGCAUCUAUAUGUCAUAGUUGUACUCAUUGGUGGUUUAAAUCAGAAUGUGUAGAGGUUUGUCCACCCGCGGAAACAUAUUCACUAGCGGGAUCUGAUAAAGAGUCGGACAAUGAAGAAAAUGAUUUAAUUACUCUUAGUAACAAUACCCAGUUCUCAUCAAAUCAAUUAAAAGAAUUCACUUUUCUAUCUAACGUUUCUGCCACCACUAACGCUAGCAUUGAUGCCAAUCAACAAGAAUACAAAACGUCCUCACUAGCAGCUCCAGUAUUUCUAAUUAAAUUGAAACGUUCACAGCGUCGAUGUUUGCUCUGUCAUGAACAGUGUAUUCAAGGUUGUUCUGGACCUGGUCCAGAAGAUUGUGUUAAAUGUAGAAAUUAUCAAAUUAUCUUGGAUGAAGAAACGAAUAAAUUCGUUUGUAAUUCCUCCUGUCCAGAGGAUCACAAUCAUAUUUUUCAUGGCAUGUGUUUAACAGCUGAACAAAAUGCACGUUUAUCUGGUCAAACAGCUCGAGAAUUGCGUAACAGAAUUCUUAUUGCUGUUUCUAUUUCCAUAUUUAUUAUUAUUGCACUCGUUACAAUAAUACUGGUGAUAUGUUUGAGACGGAAAGCUGAAGCAGAAAAAAUACGUGAACAACUACGCUCAGCAUAUACUAACUUGUUAGAACCUGAUAUGAAAACCCAAUCCGUAAGUCGUGAACCAAACAUGGGGCGGCUGGAAAUGAUCAAUCAGGAUGACUUGUCUUGUGAUUUCAACUCAGCUCCUCUAGGAACAGGAUCAUUCGGAGCUGUAUACAAAGGUGUAUGGAAAGUACCUAAACAUGCUCUACUUCGAUAUAAUUGGCAUAGAGGUGCUCAACUAGAUGUUGCAAUUAAAGUUAUCUUAAAUGAUUCACCUGAAUGUUCAGUAACCACAAACCCAUCGUCCCCAUUUGAAGCUGGUAAUUCGUCUUAUUCAGAAGAAGAAGCGAAGCGGGCGUCCGUACGUGCUAAUAUUGAGGAACUUCUUCAGGAAGCUAAGGUUAUGGCAUCUGUUAUGCAUCGUCAUUGUCUUCCAUUAAUUGGAAUAUGUCUAUCUAGUGAACGUCAUUGUCUAGUUUCAAUAUUCGUCGAAUUAGGGGCUUUGGAUCGCUAUGUGAAACAACAUGCAGAUGAAUUAAAUAGUCUUACACUUUUAUCUUGGGCUGAGCAAAUUGCUGACGGAAUGAGCUACCUGGAAAUGCGUGGAAUUAUCCAUCGAGAUUUGGCUGCUCGAAACGUUCUCGUUCAGACACGUGAACAUGUACAGAUUACUGAUUUUGGUUUAGCUAAAAUGUUAGAACGCCGUGAUGAAGACAGUGUCAUCGUAAAAGCUGGUCGUGUGCCAAUACGUUGGUUAGCUAUAGAAACACUACAAUAUGGGAUUUAUUCUCACAAAACAGAUGUUUGGAGUUACGGUGUGACGUUAUGGGAAAUAUUUACAUUUGGCAAACGACCAUAUGAAGAUGUUGAUACUGUAGAUAUUAAGGAUCAUGUAAUCAAAGGUGGACGUUUGACUCAACCUGACAUAUGCACUUUGGACGUUUAUAUGGUAUUGGUAAAAUGUUGGAUGGAAGAUUACGAGUCUCGUCCUACAUUUAUUGAACUUAUGCGUACAUUUAAUACAUUUUGCAAAACUCCUGGCCGUUAUCUAUACAUUGAAGGUGAUCAAUAUGCAAUCAAUUACUUUCACAACACAAAUUCAGGUUCUGGGAACUUUUCUUCUGAGUCUCAUGAACUCCAACCGAUGUUGUCCGUACGCGGGGUCCCUGAUGGAGGUACAACGCCACACAGGAAUAAUAGUUUACACCGUCAUCAUACUAUGUUAACAGAACCAAGUAUGACUAGACCUUAUUCUUCAGGAAAGCUACUUCGAGCUUUAUCUGACCAGCCUAGUGAAAGAUCUGAUCCAUUUUCCGUUGGUCAGACUGAUGAACAUACAGAAACACAACUUUUGCUACCCAUUCGAUCAAAUAAUGGUAACGCUGGAAACCAUUCUACCUGGCAAUCACGGCAGCAUGGAGUUGGAACUGGAGGUUUCUCAAAUACCUCUGAUACAAAUUUUUCAGGGCUAGGUAGAAUAUGGAAGAGAUCAAAUUUUCAUGACAAAGUCAACUCAGAUAGUAUAAGUUUGGUAAAACAACACAAGGCUCCUUUGGCUUCCCGAGAGGAUUCUUGGUUAAACGAUAUUCCUAGACAGUCAGAUCAUCCUGAAUCAAUAAGUUCUGUUGCUUUAUCUGACCCAGCUACUGCUUCUACCACUACUAAAACUUCCGAAUGGUCAGGAAUAUCACCUUCUUAUAAUAAAUCACGCAAUCAUUCCAAUUUUGGUAAAAAUUUAGAAGAAAUGAGCACUAAAUUCAGCCCGCGCACACAUGACAAUUCAUCAAACGGUUUUAGAAAAAAUACUGUUUCAGACUAUCUGCUUGAGCCACCACCGCCACCGCCUGUACCACGUGGCUUACCAGAUGACUAUUUACAACCGAAGACUAAAAAUCCUUCAAAUAUAUCAAACGCAUACAGUAGUGCGCCGUCAAAAUCAAUGAAUUAUACCGAAUUGGGCCCACCGAUGGUUACCAAUGCUUUUACUACUAGAGAUGAAUACUUAAGUCCGAAUACGCAGCCACCAGAAGAAUACUUAUCUCCAAUAUCCAGUGGAUUUAGCGUAACCAAUCCAGAGUAUUUAAUGGAAACAUACGGUCAUCCACAUCAAUACCCAGAGCCAAAUACAUUAAAACAAAGCACAAAUCCUGCUAGCGAUUCAAAUUCCCCGCUGAAAUUGCAGGAUAAAACAAACCAAAAUGAGUCAUCCUCGCUGGAAUUAUAG